CGCAUUGUGCCUCCAGUAAAAUGGCUGACGCGUUACCAGGCUCCAUUAGAAUCUGGAGACAUAACCAGAGCCGCGUUCUACCUCUAGCGUUUACAACCUUCUGGAUGCACGCGCCUUGCACGGGCAGCGCUGAUAGGACAAAGCAAACAGGCUGUUUUGGCGGCUCCUGGUUAAAGAUGGCGUCGCCCACCACGUACUCCUCUUCAUCGGUCUCAACGGUAACAUGAGCGUAGCUGCUCACCUUUCAGCGGAAACCAGAUCCAGCAUCUAGACACCGCCGCAACCAGAUACUACUAAUAAUACUACUGCUGCUCUAAUCCUCGCCGUGCCGGCUCCGCCCGAUCGGUACCAGUGUUACCACAGCGGGCCGGGGGCCGACAGCCGGGCCUCAGGGAGUUAGCAGCAAUAAAGCAGCCGGGAGCAGGCGGCAGGCCAGCCGGGAGCAGUCAGGGGGUGGUAGAAAGCGGCAGUCAGGCGGGCUAGCCGGGGGCAGUCAGGCGGUGGUAGAAAGCGGCAGUCAGUGGGCUAGCCGGUGGCAGUAAGGUGGUAGCCGGUGGCAGAAGGCGGCAGUCAGGGGGCUAGCCGGUGGCAGUAAGGUGGUGGUGGUAGCCGGUGGCAGUAAGGUGGUGGUGGUAGCCGGUGGCAGUAAGGUGGUGGUGGUAGAAAGCGGCAGUCAUGCAGAGCAGCACGGCCCCUCGCCCUCAGCCCGGCUGGCACAAGGAGCACCUAUGGCUGGCCCUGCAGGCUCUGGGCUUUGAGCCGGACUCGGAGGCGGCUUUGACUGGCAAGACCAUGGCUCAUGUAACGUUUGGAGUGUGAGUAUGCUUCAGGGCCUCUCCCGAUAUAUCUGUAUAUCUGUUUACCGGAUAUUCUCCUUUUUAUAUCUAGCCCAGUAUAUAAAUGUGCGUGUUUUGUAGUCAUGUUGUUCAGUGGUAUCUAACUGCAAUGUAGUCUGUAAGUAUAGCUUGGUGCAUCUCCAUUGUAUGAGAAGCUACGUAUUACAUUCAUUAAACAAUUCCUUUAUAACCAAAAUGUGACAGUGUACCUUUAAAUUAUAGUCUGUGUAUACAUACCGUAUUAGACAAUAAUGCCAUGUAACAAACCUUAAUAUUAAAGGUGAGCAUUUUAUAAUGGUCUUCAGAGCCCUCAGAACCCAUUACAGCUCUGUUAAUAGCCAUCAGCCUCUUUUUAUGUAUGAUAACCCUUUAAGGAUUGAGCCAAUUGUACUGAAACAACCAAAAAUUUGAGCUGUAUACCUGUUCAACCAUAAUUUCACCGUUCAUAUUAAAGGGACAUCAUAAUCACCACAAUGAAUUUAGCUUAAUAAAGUAGGCUUGGUUUAUAGAUCAUGCUCCUGCAGUCUCAACUCUCUGCAGUUUAGGAGUUAAUUUUACAUUGUUUAUGCAGCCCUAGUCACAACUUCCUGCAUGUGACUGGCACAGCCUUCCUAAACAUUUCCUGUAAAGAGCCAUCUAAUGUUUACACUUCUGUUUAAUUUAAAACUUUUUUUAUUUUAUGGUCUAAGUUUGCUAGACCCUGCAGGAGCUCUGUAUGUGAUAAAACUUGAAUUUACAGAGAGGAAAUACGAAACUUUUUAAGUUAUAUUGGAUUGAAAAUUAACUUUUUUUUUCUUUCUUAAUGCAGUCUGUUUUUGUCAGGGUAGGUGUGACUAGGGUUGCAUAGAAAAGCUUGAUUUAAUGAGUCUUGCUUUGCUUUCUUUGAGCUCCCCUGCCCCACACCCCUUUUUUUUUAAAAAAAUUUUUUAUUGCAAUACCUAUUACAGGAUACAAUGGUUUGGAGAACCAAACAAUCUAUAAUAGAAACAGAUAUUGUGUACUUUUUCCUGCUGAAACCUUGAGGUAUUGUAUUUUCUAAUCUUUAGGAGCCUUCUGUAUCUAUCACAGUGCUUCUUUAAAUGCUUUCACUGAUCUGCUUACACUUUUAGAAAAUCCAAUUACAAAUACAAUGAUGCUCUGCAACUAUGAAGUAUUGUCAUUUUUAGUUCUUCAGUAAAUUAGUUGUUUUGACUAUUUCCACAUCUGUGGCUUCAUUUAACGUUUAUUUUUUUUCUGCUUACUAGGAGCAUGUUUGACAAACCAAACAAGGAUGCUUUUUAUGUGGUUUUUCAUUUUCUGUUUUCAAAGCUGGAUAGUACUCGUUGUAAGGAAGCUUUCAGGUAAGAUUGUUUAUCCACAUCUGAAUAUUUAUUUUUGUAUUUUAUUAAUGUCAUGCUUGCUAUGGAUAUUUACUAAUUCUUAAAGGAUCCCUAUAGUGUCAGGAAAACAAAGCAGUUUAUCUGACACUAUAUAGUGCCCUGAGGGUGCUCCCACCCUCAGGGUCCCGCUCCCGUGACAUCAGUAGAGAGUACCGCACUCGCAUUCAAAGUGUCCAUAGGAAAGCAUUUUUCAGUGCUUUCCGAUGGAUGCGAAAUUCGCAUCCAGCAUCGCAGAUGCACCUCUAGCGGCUGUCCGGAAGACAGCCACUAGAGGCUGGAUUAACCCCAAAUGUAAACAUAGCAGUUUCUCUGAAACUGUUUACAUCUGAAGGGUUAAAACCUGAGGGACAUUGCACCCAGACCACUUAAUUGAGCUAAAGUGGUCUGGAUGACUAUAGUGUCCCUUUUUUUAAUUAAAAUUUCAGUUCUUUCAAUAUACUGUAACGCAAAAAAGUUUUACCUUGAAAGCUCCCUGUAGACUUGUUUUGCUAACUAUUUAAAGGGCACACGUCAUAAUACAGCCAAAUAUACACUUUAACCCCUUAAGGACUCGACUGUUUUUGCAAUGUUGUACGUUUGCGACCAGGCCGCUUUUUUUUUUUUUGUGUGUUUAGCUGUAAUUUUCCGCUUCUUUACUGUUCCUAUACAAAUUAUAUUUAUAUAAUCUCAUGUAAUUUUAAUUAAAAAAAAAAAAAAAAUUAUGAUAUAAAAUUGAGAAAAAUACAUGUUUUUUGACUUUUACUUAAAAUCUUUUACUCAUCUACAAAAGCGAAUGGGGGAAAAAAACUGCUGAAUAAAUUCAAAAUGUGGUCCCGAGUUUAAAAAUACCCAGUGUUUACAUGCGUUUUUUUUUUUUUGCAAGUUAUAGGGCUAUAGCUAGAAGUAGGAUUUUGCUGUUUAAAAUGUAUCAAUAGUGACAUUGUAACACUUAUCUGUCAUAAAUCUCUGAACACCCCACAUGUACAUAUUUUUUUUUUUUUUUAUUUAAAGUAUUCAAUAUGGUGUAUGUCCAGUCUUUUUUAGUAGCCACUUAGUUGCAAUUACUGGCCAAAGUUAGCGUUCAUGUUUGUGUGUGAAAAAGUAAACUAAAUUGAAUGCUAAUUUUGGCCAGUGUUUGUGGCUACUAAAAAAGACUGGAUGUACCCCAUUUGCAAUACCUUGGGUUGUCUUCUUUUGCAAAUGGUAUGCUGUCAUGGGGGAAGUUCUCAUUCCUGGGCUACCAUACGCUCUUAAAGGCAACGUAACCAACCUGGCCAUUUUCAAUGUAAAUAUUUGACCCUGUAACUUUCAAAAACUCUAUAAAUUCUGUACAUGGGAGGUACUGUUAUACUUGGAGAGUUUGCUGAACACAAAUAUUAGUGUUUUAAAACAGGAAAAUAUAUCACAACAAUUAUAUCAGUAAAAGUGCUGUUUGUGUGUGGAAAAAUGCAGUCACUUUCACUGACAAUAUCAUCGCUGUGAUAUGUUUUACUGUUUUGAAUAACUAAUAUUUGUGUUCAGCGAAGUCUCCCGAGUAAAACAAUACACCCUCCCUCCCCUCCAUGUACAGGUUUUAGGGUAAAAUACAGUGCUAGCAAAUUACAUUCUCUGGACUUUCAGCCUGGGCUGGCAGGCAGGUCCUGCAAAUAUCAAUUAAUAAAAUUAGUUAUGAAAAAAUAUUACAUAAAUACGCACAUAAAAUUUAAAUAUAUACAUAUUUAUAUACUUGAAGUCUACAUGUAUAUUUAUAUAAUUGUAAUUUUGUAUAUGGACAUGUGUAUCUCAAAAUACACUUCGAAUGAAAUACAUAUAUUUUAAUAUCAAAAUACAGUUAGAAUAAAAUGUCAUAGAUAUGUUUUAAAUUUUUAUUUUAUAAUAUACAAUAGUUAUUGAAUAUACAUGUGUAAUUUAAUUAUUACAGUGUGUUUUUAUAUUAAGUACAUAUUAAUAUAAAAAUACACUUGGUAUGACAUUAUAUCAUAAAUAUACAUAAAAAUUUUUUUUUAAUGAUUCUACACUAGCAGUGAGACACUAGGACACCUAUUGUGACCAUGUGAUCUCUCUGAGCGAUCACAUUGCCACAGGGGUCCUAAUCUGCCUGCAGCCCAGACAGUCUCCCCAUGGCAAUCUCCCCACACCAGGAGCACGGCCGAUCGCCACCGGGGGAACGGCGAUCGGGUAAGUACAUAAGACCAUUAGGACGGUUCAGGACCGUCAGUGGUCAGCAACGCUAAAAUGCCAAUGACGGUCCUGAACUGGCCUCGGUUCUGAAGGGGUUAAAUAAAAUUAAAGACAUGCUAAGAGACAAAGCAACACGAAAAUAACUUAACCCCUUAAGGACCAAACUUCUGGAAUAAAAGGGAAUCAUGACAUGUCAUGUGUCCUUAAGGGGUUAAAGUUUUUUUACUUUUUUAAUUGGUAUACAGUUAAGCUGCAUACUUAUUAAUCAUAAAAUUAAAAUUGGAUGUCACUUGUACUAGUUUUUAUUUUUCUUUAUUUUUCCAGAUAUUGUUGGCCCCCAGUGGAUAAGAAACGGGAUGCCGAAUUCCGGAAAGUGUGCUGUGAGUGGCUGCGAAAGAUUUCAGUAAGUGUUAUUCCCCCCACUUAUAGAAUCUUGCUAGAUGUAAACAUAGUUUCUUCCAUCCUUAAAACUGUUAUGGAAAAAUAUCUAAUUUUGUUUUUAACUUUCUGUAGGAAGAUGCUGGUAAUGGCUUUCCUCAAGUUGUGGCAUCAAUCUUUCUUUCACCUGGUGGGCCAAAGUUUGUGCAUCUCUUGUACCACUUUGUACGAUAUGUUAUGCUACAGCAUAUUAGAAAAGAUGGUGAGUUUUAUGAACUGCUCAUUGCGCUAUGAGCAAGUAAACAAAGCUUAUUAGGCUUACAAAGCUUUUCAUGUAACUGUUUGUGAAAGAAAUGUUGGAGAAAACUAUUGAGGCUAUUUUGGACAAUAGUAAAUUCAGUCAAAUACACUUUUUUUUUUUUUUUUCACACAUUUACAAGCUGCCUCUGAAUUGAUUGCUUUGGAUGAACUUCUAGCGCAAACCGAUUUAAAGUUACAUAGUUGAAAAGAGACAUGCGUCCAUAAAGUUCGGCUUACCUCACAUUAGUUUUUUGCUGUUGAUCCAAAGAAGGCAAAAGUCAAUUGUGUGGGUUUUUUUCCCCCUAAUAUUCCUCUUACUAAAGACUAGCUCACUGAUUCUUAUUGAGCAGAAAAUACAUAAAGAAUGGAGGGACUCUUACUUAUGUGUAGCAGUCAGGUUGACAAAAUUACAAUGGGUGGAGCUUAAAGUAAAGUUUGGUUUUAGUUGCCAAGCAGAUUUUAACCACCAUGCAUUAGUAAUCCAUCCCACAGUGUAGAAGCAGAAAGUCAAACGGUGCGUAUUGGCACUCAAUAUAAACUUUACUUUACUCAUGCUCAAUAGAGUGGGUUUAAAUGAAAAUAGUGUAAAAUAAAGCAAGUGUGUUUUUUUUUUUUUUUUUCUUGUUUACAGUAACCCACUACUAGCAGAUUAAAACUUCUAUUAUGUUUAUGUGCAAAAAAACACUUGCAUUUGAAAGAUCCAGUAAGCACCAUAACCACUUUAGUUGCUGGUUAAAUUAUUCUGCAUUCAUCUUAUGCUGCCAGGUCUGAGAUUUCUAUUGGCAGGAAACUCUAGCUCUGACACCUGUAAAUUGCUCAGCUAGAAGCUCAAGAUCAAGUUGAUCUAGCCAGCAAACAAUUUUGUGCACAAAAGCUUGGUGAUCUCCUAGGAGAAGGGUCUAAUGGAGCACAACUCUUCAGUGAGCUUGCCACAGCCAAGUUAACAAAACAAUGAGAUUUCUAAAUCUAAACGACUUGCCGUGUGUAUCUAGAAAUAUUUAUCUACAGCUUGUUACACCUAGCUUUUCUCUGUCUAGAGCUUGUUCCAGUAUAUCUUCAUAACCCUGACUAUCCUAUGGCAGGUUCUAAUUCAUAUGUCUCAGAAGCACUGCAGGUUAGGAUUCAGGAUCCUCAAAAAGCGUUGGCAAGAAACAUGGGUGCACGUUACAGAUACUUACAGGUUUUGCAGAGGGAGAACUUUGUGAUAACAGAGUACCAGCGAAAAGCCCAGUGAGUGUCUAUGUAUUCUUUUGUGUGUAUUCUAAACACGUAUAUACAUGUCUUGAGAAAUGUUUCUAUGGUGCCUCUGACAUGACAAAUGAAGGCGCACAUUAUGGUUGUGUAGGUUUUUAUUGAAUUUGACUUUGUUUGGGUUUUCAUUCCCCUGGUAUAAAAUGCCAUUUGUUUUUAUAAUCUUUAGAAACAAAAAAUUAGGUGUUUUGGAAGGGGCUCGAACAUGACUUUAAAUCACUUUGUACAUUUUCUUUAUUUAAUUUUUUUUUUUUUUAAAUUCUAGAAUUCUUGUGAAACAAAUCAGGGAAUUGCGUUCAGAUUGUGUGGCAUUGGAAAACCAGAACAGGUAAUUUGCUAUUCUUGACGGCAUAAUUCAUUUUGUUUGUGUAUUUCUAUCCACUGCUGUUACAUGUAUUUUCUCUUAAUUAGUGUCUUUUACGUUUAUAGAUCAGGAAAUGUAAGCACAGACAGGUGCAGAAAUGAGAAAGUGGAGAAGGUGAGAUUGUUCAGACUUUAAAAAAAUAAAUGUAAAAGCCACACUGAAUGCGUUUGUCAAAAGGUUGCUAAUCCUUCUGUAUUUUCUUGAAGAUACGAUACAUGUGGAAUGUAAUUAUGCAGAGCUUGAAAACAAUUGAGAAGGAAGUGGAAGUUGUGGAUUUGGUGGUUAAGGGGAACGUCGAUCAGUACUGUUUAGAUGGAUCCAAUGUCACUUUAAACAUUCCAGAUACACUAGUGGCCAGAAUUGAAAAUGAAAUGUACAGGGUAAGAGUCCAUGACCUUAAAAACUGUCUCAAGACUUCUCCCUUGUCUCAUGCUGCAGCCUUGUGAGCUAAAUUCUUCCCCUCCCUGUUUGAUUGGAGAGUUCCUCAUUUUUAAGACUUUCUAAACUACCUUGAAGAUGAAACUUUAAAUCAAGAUGCUGUCUUUACUACAGUUACAGAUGGAGAAUGUGUAUGAAGCUGGCAAGGUGAACCUUAUAACUGUUAUCCAACUUUUAAAUGAAGCUCUAAUGAUUGUGAAACAGGAACGCUGCCAACAAAACUGCAAAGGUGUACCUCUAGACUUACAGUAUCUUGCUGGGAAAGCAAAAUUUGAGAUGGAUAUUCUAACAAGACUGAUGAACAUAAGGUAGAACGAUCCUCUGCCAAUUUUUUUUUAUUUGUGUGUGAAUUAAACUGGUUAUGAAUUUGAAGAAAAACGUAGCCUUUACAUUUAAGGGAGUUGUGCACAAAUGUAAAUUUUUAGAUUUUCAGAAAACUUGUCUUUUAUUCUAUUUUAUUUUUAAAUGGCAAAGCUGUACUGACUACUUUCUCUUCAUAUUUUUCUUAUAUGUAUCUUUAUGCAAUUGUGGGCGAUUGAUACUCAGGCAGAGGAAACAUGCUCUGUUUGCCACUAAAUCUCCCUAUAAUAACACUGCCUUCUGAUGACCGGGGCGAGUUGAGAGAAAUCGUAACGGACAGAUACGAGGCAGACACUUUUUUUUACUUUUUUUUUUUAUUUUUUAUUAUGGUGUUCUUUCCCAUCUAGUUCAGGAAACAUUGUACUUUAGUUUUAUUGCAUAUGUUGCCUCAACUCUCCAUUGUAAUCUUUAGAUUGUAACUCUCUGGUUAUCUAGUAAAGUACUGUAUCAAAACUUCAGUGGCUCACUGGCAGGGGCCCUCUUUACCUCCUUUAUCAUCCCCCCCCCCCCCACACACACUCUAAAGCACUUCAGAAUGUUGACACUUGAUGAAUGUCAGUAAUAUGGUGGUAACAAUUCUAACAUUUAUUGCAGGCACAAAAUAAAAAGAGAAAAUAUUGUAGCAAUAGAUAAGGUGAUUGCUGAAACAGAAAAAGAAUGGGAGAAAAAAUGGACAAAGGUCCUUGGCAAGUCUCCUUUUGGCGUCUAUAAGGUAACAUCCUAUUGACUAUUGGGAUUGUAGACUGCUGAUAUGCAUAAUCUGGCAGGCUACAGUAUUUGUAAGACUGGGAAUCCACCCCUCCAAACAAUUUAAUCUUAUUUGUAAUUUGAACAGAAGGAUGGUUUUUUUUCCCUCCAUCUUAAAAUGGUUCAUUUAGUAUUAUGAAGGUAUUCGUUCAACCUAUGUUUACUAUGCAUAUGCAAACUCAUGUAUAUAAAUUUUAUUUUGUAUUAAGCUUCUUGAUCUGCAGCCUUCUACCUUUUCCCAUCAACCUGCUUUAGAAGAGGAAUUCAGCAGUAUUUUGGGCCAGUUUGCUCCAUGUUUACCAGGUGAGAGAUGUUGCUGCUGUUUGAGUGCAUAUGGUUUUGCGGGAUUUCUUAAGUUUUAAAUUCUGAGUCUGCACUCAAUGUAAGAUGUAGACUCUUUUUCCUGGAACCUCUUCUCCCCUCUCAUUCAAACAUAUAUUCUUUUUGCAUCUAUCUUCCACUUACCUCUAUACCCACUCAUGUCUUGUCUGUCAUCUCUGUAGCGAGGUUAUUGAAAACGUACACCGGCUCUAGGUGACUUUCAGAAUGUAACUUUUUACUUUUUUUUCCCGCUGAUUUCCAGAAGAGCUCUCAAAAACUCCCACAAAGCCCAUAACCAAAGAUGGUGCUUUACGGAAGAGUUUUGUAGAUGCGUCAAUAUUUACCCCCACUGGAAGGUAUAGAUUUUUUUUAUUUUUAUUUUUAUAUAUAUAAGGUUACUUUACUAGAGAAUUAAAUGGCUACAUUGAAUUUUAUAAAUGCCAGUGCAACUACUCAUCCUGGUUUUAUUUUUUAGGAGUCACCUUUCUUUACGUGGCCAGACUCCUAUUCUUAAACGCAGAAUGUCUUUAAAUGAGCAGGUAAGCUUUCUUUUUAACGUCUUCAUUUGACUGCUUAGACUGACACUCCACUAUCCAAAUACAAAAAUCACUGUCUAGUAGAUGUUCCCAGUGAAUACAUGCAUGUUUUCAUUAGGGGAUAUGUCUAAAAAGCUGCAAAUUUAUCUGAAGCCUUUGCAAGCCUCGGCCUAUGCCAGAUGUUCUGUUGCUUUCCAAUCAGACUUAUCAAUGCAGCUCAAUGGAUAUUCUUUGCAAGGCAUGAUCUCUGGGUAACUGCCUGCCUCUUGAAUCUACCUCAACUAGGCUAAACAACCAGAAUGUAACUGGAUUGAUGAGAUCUUUGGACUGUUUGGAGUUGUGAAAGAUUAAAGGACCACUAUAGUGCCAGGAAAACAUACUUGGGUUCUAGGGGGUGGAAGGGGUUAAACUUGCCUUUCUCCAGCGCCAGGCGGGGAGCUCUCCUCUUCUCUGCCUCCUCGGCUGCAUGCGCAUUCGCAUUCAGCCAGUCUCAUAGGAAAGCAUUCACGCUGGCGUCUUCUCACUUUUUUUUUUUUUUUUUCCACAGUGAGAAGCACGCAAGUACCUCUAGCGGCUGUCAGGGAGACAGCCACUAGAGGCUGGAUUAACCCUAAUGUAAACAUAGCAGUUUCUCUGAAACUGCUAUGUCUAUAAAAAAGGUUAACCCUAACUGGACCUGGCACCCAGACCACUUAAUUAAGCUGAAGUGGUCGGGUGCCUAUAGUGGUCCUUUAAUUUAGGGAAAAAGCCAAUUUCUAUUGAAAUCUGCACUUUCAUUUUACACACAGCAGGGGGUAGUGGUAACGAGGGCAGACUCUUCACACAUCUCGUACUACAGCAAGCUAAAGUGCUUCUGGGGUCAGUGUCCCUCUUUUUAAAAACUGCUGCUCCCCCCAUUUACAAAUGCACUUGUAUUGUUUUAAUAUUGUUAUGACUUAGAACUCUGCAGCGCAAGUGAAUGUCUGUUAACCACAUGUCUCCUCAUAUGUGUUUUCUGUCUAGCAUUGCUUCCUGAAAAACUAGGAUUUAUGUGGUAGUCAGUGCAUUUCGAGUGUUCUUUACUAGGGAUCGACCGAUUAUCUGUUUUGUCAAUAUUCUGCAAAAUCAGCUAAUAGAGAUACCAGUAAUACAUAACCGGACUCCCAGGCCCAUUUAAAAGCUCAGCGUUCCUGAGGGGCCCGUAGCAAGCUGUUGCCUUUCCAGCAGCUCCCUUCAGCUCCCUGUGUAAAUCUUGCGAGUCCUGCGGCCGUCAGAGCAUUGCCACGGGUUACUAUGGCAACGCUGCACGCAGGCCGUGAGAUUUACACAGGGAGCUGCUGGAAAGGUAAGAGCUUGCUGAGGGGCCCCCCACUGACAGUACAUGCCACAGGACCACCUGGGAAUGCUAUAUUUUCACCCACCCCCCCAGCCAGGUAACAAGCAGGGAGGCUAAAAUAAAACAUAAAUAUUAAAUGCCCACUCGCUUCAUUUUACACAUUACAUAACUUCAGAAACACUCUGCAUUAUAUACACACUCUGCAUUCAUUAUAUACACUAUACAAACACACUGUAUUCAUUAUAUACACCAUACAAACACACUGUAUUCAUAAUCCAUUCACUGUAAACACACUACACACACCUCCUGUCUAAACACUGCAUCCACUACAUGUGGCAUGUAUAUUUUGUUCAUUUACCUUUAGAAUUUUUUUUUUUUCAAAAUGGUAAAUGUACAGAAUAUCAGCUCUAUAAAAAAAAUCAGUCGAUCCCUAUCCUCUACAUACUUAUGUUUUUCAAUACAAAUCAGAGGUAUUGUCUCAAGGGAUGUCCUUCAGAAGAGUUGCUGAAACUGCCCUUGAUAAAUCUAGACUAAACUAUACAUCGAGUGUCAUCUCCUUUCUCCCCCCCCCCCUGUAGAAUAAACCUAAACCUGAGCUAUAAAUUAAAUGCCUGAGAAAUCGUAUUUGUAAUUGGAAUGUAAACUUUUAAUUUUUUUUUUUUUUCCCUUCCCCAGUGAGUGCUUGAGUCAGUGCCCUGUGACCGGUAAAUCAUGAGCCUUGCAGGUAACCAAACAUGUAAGGCUCAAGUUUUACCAAACAAACACAGCGCUCUGAGUCAAUCUGCACAGCGUGGAAAGACUUUAUAAGCCUUUCCCGCUGAGCAGUCUGCAAAAAGCCCUUGAAGGAUGGUGAAAUGUGCUAGAUUAAUGCUGUAAAGAUUUGCAGACCCUGACCGUAAUCUGCUUUGUUACUGUAGAGUGCUGGAUAUGAUGGCACUUUGUUAAAUGUAGCAGCAGGAAACGAAAUAAGAUGAUGGAGCACAAUAGACUGUUGCAUUUACCACACUAAGGAUACACAUUACAAUAUGAACUAGUAAUCAAAGGGCAGUCCUAGACAGAUUAAAUUGAGAUACCAACAUAAAAACUUUGUAGUUGUGCCGUCAUAAAUUCGGUUUUAUGCUAGCAAGCGGUAACCCAUCAAUAAACUACCUACUAAGAAGUCAGACUAGCUGGGCUAAUAUCGAAGAGACUGCCAUAGCUUGGUAUAACUGGAGUAGAGCCUAAUACUAUGCUAGUUGCUGCCAAGGUAGCAGCCCCUGGUCUAACUAGGUCAGCGGUUAACAUAGUACAAACUGCUUAAUAAAUUAAGAUACUCAUACGAACAAAUAAUCCUGAGUCAAAGUAUAGACAUUCAGACGAGGUCCUAGGAAAGAUCCACAAGUGUGGUGUCUAAGUCAACGCCCGUUUCGGCAUUGACUUGCGUCUUUGUAAAGAGUUGGAGUGAGACUGAUCUGGCCACUGUUUUUGUACAGUCGUUAUAGUUGUCCACAAAUCACAUCGAAGGGGGCGUUUUUUUUUUUUGGUUUUUUUUUUUGAGUGGCUUGAAUUGAUAGAGAAUGGAGGGAGAAAUUAACUCCAGUGCCAAACGAUAGUUACUUGCAAUCAUUGUUGAAAUCCAAUUUAUGAGAUACUGGUAGGGGAUAGUGUUUAAAAUUAAAACAAAUGUUUUUCAAAAGGAGAAUAAUUUGAUCUUCUAAAAAGCAAGAUAAUUACGUUAAUUUGAACAGGUCAAUUAAAGUGGCUAAGGGGAACAGUGCUUUCAAAACUAUUUUUAGAAGUUAUGCCCUCAGGGACCAACCAAUAUACAUUCUGUUGCAAAAUUAAAGUAACGAUAUGUCCAUAAGACAAGUUAUGUAAUUAGUAUAGAUAUAUUAGUAUAGAUAAGCCUUCAUUCAAACACUUCGGUUGAAGGGUCUUCAGCCGAUGGAUUCCUUAGACAACAUGAGUUUGUUUUUUUGUUUUUUUUUUGUCACUUGAAUGGUGUUCCUUCAAGUGAUGGGGCUCUCUGUGGUUAGCUUAGGAGACCUAACAUGUUUAUUAAUCCUUUCUUUAAAAUGUUUUUCCAACAUAUUUUAAAUCCCAUUCACAUGUUAGGAGAUAAACCAGACUUGCAGUAUUGCAAUUAAAGAAUGAGUUAAUGUUAAAUGAUUGUCUUCACUAUCAGUUAUAUAUUUUUUUUUUUUGUCACUUUUGAAUUUGCUGGCAACACAUUGUCCGCACUUGAACCCACAAGGGGAGUAGUAAGCAAAGUAUGUGUCAUGGUACGCUGGGGUUGAAAAUGACUGGGGACCAAGAGGUCUCAGAUUUUUUUUUUUGAUUUUUUUUUUUUUUUUUCGCUCUCCCUCUUCUCCCCUACGUGCUGUGAUAUUAACCUUGGGACAGAGUAUGUGCAUCAGUUAAGAGGGGCCAAAAUUUUAAAUUUGUCCGACUAUGGGUGAUAUUGUUGUCUUCUAGUAACGACACAAGGGUCAUUAGGCAAUCAGUCUUUGCUUGGCAGGCCUAGAUCUUUGGCUUGCCUCUGUCUGAAGCUGGCUGUAUUUAUAUAGGGUGAGUUUUCUAGCAAAUGUAUGUAAAUCUUUGAUCCAUACAAAUUUAUUGUAAGCUGGGAUUGGUACAAAUAAACUUUUUUUUUUUUUUAAAACCUUAAUUUCGUGGUGAUUUAAAGGUUUGGCCUGAUUCACCAUUUGAGUAGUUAUUCAUGUAAGUUUUCAAAAUCUCCUUCCCCUAUCUCUUGAGGGAUUGUGUACUCUGAGGCCCCUGGGUAUCAUGUGGGUUUUUUUUUUUUUUUUUCUCAAAGUAGUUAUCAAGGAACGAUAUCUCCCAGCUAGCCCUUAUUUGCUGUUUAAAUAGUUUAAAUAGUUUAUUCAGUACGUUGAAGGACUGAUGUUGGUGGGAUUAAGUUGUUCACUGGAGAACAUGGUGCUGUCUAGUUUAUUUGAAAGAGCCUGUCAUAGCAGGCAGUACUAGACGAUCAAAUAUCCACUUAGGCAUUGAAACCUAAAAUAAAUACAAAGACUUGGCGAGAGUCUGAUGCCAAGUUUGUAGUGGUUAUGGGGUAAUUAGGGCAUAACCCAAUGUAAAGAUACUAAGAUUCUACUGGCUAGUGUCUAUAUUCUAAGUGUGGGUUUAAUAUUGGAUUUUUCCAUUGAAGUCUUGACAGUUGGUUCUAUUUUAAUCAACUCAUUUUAUUCAUUUUUUUUUUUUUUUGCUUUCCUGAUGUGCACAUUUUGACAGCUUUCCUUUAAUAUUUUAUGACUUAUCCAGCCAUAUAGGGAUUUAAUAAACUGUUUUAUUUAAGGCACAGAGCCAAAUAUGUGAUCAGCAAUUUCAUCAAGGGUAAUAGGAUUAGUAUUGGUCUUGCGUCCUGCAAGCCCUCUCUAAUCUUUCUUAGUAAUAUAAAACCCCUCUGACUACACAAAGUAUUUUGUUUAUUUGGUUACUGUCUGAAUUCUUUUUGCAUUCCCAUUUAAUGUUGCUCCUUUAUUUAUGCAGGACUUUCGAACACCUUCUCCGUAUGUAAAAGAUGGUUUUUUGGAGCUUACUCCAAAGUCUGCAGGGAAUAAAAGACUAUCUGACACCAGUUGGAAAGCUGGAAGUAGUUUGCUGGCAGUAUCUCCAUCACCAUGUAAAAAAGAUCCGAUGAGUGCAGCACGUCAGCAGCUUGCACAGCAGGUUGGUGAUUAACAACUUAUAUAUUUUUUUAAAUUUAUACUCUCAAAGUUUUCCUCUUGCAACAUAUCAUAGUAUGCAUGGAUAUUGGUGAUGCAGGGCACGUUUUCAGCUAGACAGUACUUUUUUCUCACCCUCUUCUGUGCUUAAUUGGGGUUUCUGCUUGUGCCACACAAAGUCAGUUUUGCUGUUCACAUAAUUGGAUGUUUGGUCUAAUCAUGGAAAAUCACAAAGGAUUUGUUUUUGAUUUAGUGAUAAACUCCAUAUUCCCCUUUGAGACAAAUGUCAAGAUUGCGGAGCAGCAGAAAUGUACUCUAAUCUGAGUAAACUAAAAUGUCAGGCAUAGGGGAACCUGCAUCCUACUGGGUAAGAUCUUAAGAGUACAUAUUUUACAAAUGUGUUUUCAGUACUUCUUAAAUGGGAACUUUCCUUUCCCAUAUUAAUUUCUCUUAUUUCUAAAUUUAAAGGGACACUAGUCACCCAAACUGCUUCAGCUUAAUGAAGCAACUUUGGUUAUAGAUCAAUGCCCCUGCAGUCUCACUGCUCAAUUCUCUGCCAUUUAGCAGUUAAAUCAUUUAGUCAAAUGCAGGGAGGUGUGAGUAGGGCUCCAUAAACGCACAGCCUUCCUGUAAAGAGCCAUCUAAUGUUUACACUUUGUUUAUUGUAAAUUCUGUUUAAUUUAGAAUCUCCUGCUCUAUUAAGUUUGCUAGACCCUACAUGAGCCUCCUGAAUGUGAUUAAGGUUCAAUUUACAGAGCAUGAGUAACUUUUAAAGUUACAUCUGAUUAUGAAACAAUUUUGUCUUAAUCGAAGCAGUGUCUGUCACAGCCAGGGGAGGUGUAUCUAGGGCCCUGCUCACAAUCUAGGAUGCUGUGAAGAUGUUUAAAAAGUAUUGUAAUCUAAUAUAUUACUAUAUUACAAUGGGUCACUGAACAAAUGUUGACAUUAAGGAGGUAGUUUCUAAGCUUUUGCCAUGUACAUUAUUUAGGUCACUAAUAAUAAAGUUAAACAAUGUAGUAGGUUUAUAGUACAAUGAUACACCACUACAUAUCUCAUGGAAUUUGUAGUAGACAAUGAAGCAUAGCUUUCUACACAAAGGACAGAAAUGUUCUGUGGAAUUGUGAAUUCAGAACUGGAAUUAAUUCUUAUGAAUGCCUUCUUCCUCAUGUAGCAUAGAAGAUUCAUCCUAAUGCCACUGAUUCUCCCUUAAUUAAAUCUGUUAUUUGACUAGAAUCCUAUGGAGACAAAUUAUGCCAGAUGGAAUGUAGUCUUGUGCUGUUGAUAUAGGCAUUCUGAUUGCAUAAACACUCCUAAAAGACACUUCGUGCACCAAUACAACAAAAUCCUUUUGAUUUUUGGGCCUUAAUAUGCUGUAGUAUGUUUGCAUGCUCAGAUCUUUAGCGUUUUUACAUAAAAAUGCAUUACAGUAGCAUUAGUGCCCAAAGUGGAACUUUUAAUUAGUCCUUGGACAUUAUCUGUAUUUACUUAAUGUGUCCUUAAUAGUCUGUGCAAUUAUCCCUUUUAAAGUUAUUUCUAUCUUUUAAUAUAAAAAAAUCCUAUGAACUAUCUCUUUGCAAUAUCAUUGGCACCCAUUCCCUACAUGUUACGAUGUGCUCCAUGCUAGGUAGGCAUGUGUGACUCUUUUGCUGAAAAUGGCUUCUUCAAAAUGCUACCUUGUUUAAUGUAGCAUUUGAUAUCUUUCUGAAAAGUCAGUAGCUUAACAUGGAGUGUAAUAUUCACAUUCUAGCUGUGAAUUGGGACCAUAUAGGGUUUUAUCUGCUUUUAUUUCUCUCUCAUGCAUGUAACAAAUGUGUGUAAAUGGAGGUCCCCCACCCUCCCAUUUCUGCAUGAGUGCGCAGGAAAAGAUGAGUUUAACUUGCCUAAACUGUUCUCUUGCAGGAUUGUUUAUAGAUGGAGACCCUGGGGAUUGACACCUUUUUGACACUAGCUCUGCGAAGUGUCAGGUGUAAGAAAAAUACUGAGACAAAGUAGUCCCUGCUGGGUUUGAAUUUCAGUGAAAUUCAAACUCCGUAUGAGUAACAGUUUGUGGUGUGGGGUUUUUUAUUUUUUUAUUUGUUUUUUACUCCAUGGUCGGUUUUUAUACAGAUGCUUAAAAUUGUAGUUUGCGCGUUACACAAUCAGUCAUGAGCUCCUACUGUUACCAAUGUGACAUCUUCAUACUAGCACACCACUUGUCGGGCCCAGAACUAUUCUACAUUCCCAUUGUAAUGUCUGGGUAAAGUUUAUUGCAGGAACAGAAAGUUGCAAUAUUUUUGUCUCCCUUCUCUUACCAUAUUCAUGGGCCUGCUGUAAAAUCAGUUUUUAAAGCAAAUGUAUCCUUUUAACAUGUUUCAAAUAACACAAUGCAUAUACACUUUAAAGCUAUCAUACUUUUGGUAGUGAAUGGGUUAACUGGUGGAAGGACUCUUAUGAAUAACUACUGUAAACUAAACAAUUUUAUUUGGUAUGUACCACAGGUUGCAGACUUAAUUGCUUCAGAAUCUCCAAGAACUUCAGAAGGGAGAGCUGGAGAGUUGGAGGAUUUACUUGGCAUGUUAUCUUCUGAUCCUUUCCUAUCUAAAAAGGAGAUCCCACGGACACCUGAGAACUUGCGUAAGUUGCCGUUGAGGCUAUCAGAGUUUGAAUGCCCUUAUCCAUCCUUGUUAACUGAUGAAUGUCCUAUGUAGUGUUUAUGUCAAGGUUUGAGAAAUCUCAACUUUACUGAAACUGCUUAAAGCUGGAAUCUUAUUUUUAAAUCCUCCCACCCCCCCUCUGUUUUAUAAUGGGAUACACCUGGGUGUCUUGCUGAAUAAAUUCCUUAAAUCUGAUUUAUCUUCUAGCUACCAGCUGGUAUAGAGAACUCUCCUUCUACCAUCACUAUAAAAACUCCUUACCCAACAGUUCUUGAUGUCCUGUGUGUGGGCUGGAUAGGUACCAGAUCUGAGUGCAGCCGAUGGGACAGGCAAAGGUUGCUCUCACAGCUGCAGCAUGCUUAGCGACCUUGAGGCAGCUGAAAACCUUUAAAGGCUUUCCCAGGUGGGGCGGCUUCAAGACUGACAGCUUACCCCAGAUUCGCUGGUCCAGGUGGCUGCAGCACGAAAUAACUGGGUAGACUAUUAUGCCUGCGGUUGCGUUUGCAUGCCACUGCUUCAUGGUGCGCUACAGAGCAUGCAUGAACAAUUAAAGCCAAAGUACACCAAACUUGAAAUGUUAGAUUUUAAUGGCUAAUUAAGUGUUCUUGCAUAGCAAGACCACUUAAUGUUAUCUCACAUAUAUAUUAUUAUUAUUAUUAUAGCAAAAUUUGCCACCCUAACUCCUCCCACAGUUUUUACACUACAUAGACAAAAAUUUACCAAAACGUGCAGAUUGUUCCCGAUCGGAUUGCUAUUACUUUGUGGAACGUUUCGCCGAAUGGUUCACGGAAUAUCGUCGUUCUUGUGGCGAAAUUUGUCCCAUAGGAAUGAAUGGCAAAGCUAGAGUGGGAGCUGGCAAAAGCUGAAAAAUCAGGACAUGAUUUCUAAACUGCCACCACUCCCUUAUUUUCAGGCCCACCUACACAAAUCUUAUAUCAAAACGUUCAGCUAUCCCUCAUGCCACUAAACAUGUCAACGGCUAAGCCAUAGUCCUGAUAGUUUUCACAAUAUAAUCAUUUGUUUGCAACUAACGCCGUCCAUUGACUUUCAUUGAAACUUCACUCUGCAAAUCUCAAAUUUGAAGUGCAAUUUCUAAACUGCGACUGUGCCUUCAAUUUUAAUACUUCAGAGACAUACUAUGCAUCAAAAUGUAGGUCUGGGUCUUGUGAUUCUCACAAUAUAAAGCUCUUCGCUGUAGGAGUUAUAGUUUUUAAAAUACGACCGUUUGAAGAUGGCAACCACCAAAAUACUCUGACCUGUGUCAAGGCUGCAGCAGCAAGUGAUGUCAUAGACAGGGCCUUUUGAACACCUGCUAAUGUUUUUAUAAAUGUAUGGUUUAAUGUAACUGUGCAACAACGUUGCAAUUAAAUGUGCUAUGUAAAUGAUAAGUUACUCCGCCCACUCCAGUUGUAGACUACUGGUGGAGGCAAGAACACUUCACACAAUUUCACCAGAAAUUGUAGCUUUUCUAGUUCAGACUGUUGGACCACAGGAUGCUGGUCAAUACAGGUCUCCUUGUGUGCUACCUUCCCACUAUGCACAGUAAUUUAAUGUAAGGUGAGGUUUUUACUUAAAAGGUACUAGUUUUUACGUUUAAUUGGCUAAGAAGUUAUUUAUAUUAGAUGUCUAACCCAUUUUGUCACGAUAAUAUUGUUAAUAAACUUUAGAAAUUGAAGGCUUCUCCACUUAAACCUAAAGCCACUUCAAAGAUUAAGUACUUGGUCUGUGCUGAAUGUCUCUCUCCCCAUAGGCUUUGUGUGUGUGUGUGUGUGUGUGUGUGUGUGUGUGUGUGUGUGUGUGUCCCUCCAUGGCUCAGCUAGCCAAAAAUACUUUCCAGUUGGAAAACACAAGAAUACAUGAUCUUAUGGAUAAGAAAGAAACGUCUUCAAGGCUCAUGUAACUGGGAGCUGCAGCUCAAGAUAUGAUUUUUAAGACUCUGUAUGUAGAGCUCAAUACAUUUGGUAUAAAAAAAAAAAGGGCUCGUCAAAUUCUAGGCCGCCAUGGCGACAUGAAAUUUUGCCCUGGCGUCUGGGAUUUGUCAGCCUUUAACCUAAAGUGGCCGGCUGGGCAAACAAUGGAGACUGCCAGCUGCCGGUCACCUGCGGGAGCUUAGAGGAGACAAGCUCAGGGAGCUCUGUAGCCAGCCGCCUGCCUGUGGGAGGUAUGGAGGCGGCAGGGUGGGACAACGUGUGAGGGAGCAGUCUUCCUGCAGCUCCUCUCUGCUCCCUUGCGCUGUGUAAUGAUGCCUGGAGCCGGAAUAUGGCGUCAUUCCAGCCCUGGCAUCACUGCAGAGAGGAGCUGCAGGAAGAUCACUGCUCCCUCCCACCCAGGAAUAUCAGCCCCACUGGACCCCAGGGGAAGUCCACUCAGCUCUCCCAAAGGUAGGCAGGCAGGCUGGGUCAAUUAGAACUAAAUAGAAAAGAUAAAUGUGUCAAGGUACUUGCCCCCUACGAUCACAUGAUUGGUGUCUUUUAAAGUGUUUUUAUUUUUUAUUUUUUUUAUUUAAGGCUGUGCUUGUUUUGCUGUUGCUUGUCCCGCCUCCAUAGCUGAGAUCCUAAUGAUCUCAGCUAAGCCAAUGCGUUCCUAUAGGAAAGCAUUGGGAUGAUAUUACACAUGUUCUCUAUGGGUAACAUUCAGUGCCUCCAUGUAGAGCACUGACACAGGACUCUAGUGACCGUCAGUAGAGGUCUUUGACGGACCGACUGGGUUCGUCUGUCAAUCACAACUUCCUAGUACUAGAAGCACUGCACCGGGCACCAUGGUUCCCAUGUCCAGCGUUACAGCUUGGCUGGGAUCUUGCCGUACUCCACCAACCCUGGAUCCUAGACCAGGAACCAGCUGCCAGUGGGUGAACCUCUCCUACUCCAGAGAGUAUAGCAGGAACAGCUCCUAUAAGAGAUAGUGAUUAUAAUCCCAGGGUAGUAUAGUGAUCUAGCAAUCUCAAGGGUAGAUACAGCAGUUUGCCCCACACAUGAGACGAGGCUCCAUGUUUAGGGUAAGCAGGAAUGCAUUUUAAUGGGACCACACUUGGCCUUUUUAUGACAAUCCCCAUGCAAGUGGUACUCCCACCUGGACCUGAUGGAAGAGUGAAUUACAAAGUCAGACCAAUGACAGCCGUGUUACAAUACAUGACACUCCUAAACGGAUCUCUCCUCUGUGGCUGGGAGAUAAUUGGGAAGAAUGUUUUUUUUUGUAAUUGGAUCAGGAACUGUACUAAUCUAUAUAUCUCCAAAAGUACCCCAAACUACACAAAACCCCACAAAAAGUUACAUCCCAUGAUAGCCCUGAUCUGUGUGACAAACAUAUCCAAAAAUCACCCAGAUUUCCAGAAAAUUCCUGAACUGAUUUAUUUGACCGCACGCAUGUCAUGCCCAAAAUAGUUUAGAGAAUCCGGGUUUGCGGUCUGUCUAGUGCAGUAGUUUAAAAAUGAAUAACUGCCAAACAGUCAAUAGUAUUACCCUGGAGCUUGUUCCCUCUCAUCCAGAUGAACGAUUCCACUGAACAGUGCCAUUCUAACUUGUAUAGAACCAAACGGAUGCAAUGAUGGAAGUCCAGUGGUGUUCGGGAGUUUGUGUUCUAUGAGAUUCGUGUGAACAAGAUGGCCGCCACCUCGUGAUUGUCCAUAGAAAUUGCGGCCACCCAGACAAACAAUUGGAACACUGUGGUGUGAAAUGUUCCAAGCUGUUAAUAGGUGUUAACAAGUUCCUGGGUGGUCCCUGGUUCGUGUGGUUGUUCGGUAGUCGAAUGAGACAAUGUUAAAAUACGAGGGAAUGCAAACUACUGAAGAGAAUAGCCAAGAAGGCACGAACAAGGUCUUUUGAGUCUUUGUGCAUGGCCCAUAGUCCUGAGGCAGAAGGCUGACAAACGGGCCCCUCCAAGAACACAAAUGGCGAGGUUACUUUCACCACAGUCUUGGUAAGCAGCAAUGUAAAUGUGAAACUGAAUAUGGAAAAUUUUUACCCAAUUUUUUUCUUUCUACGUUUGUCAAUAAUUUCUUAACUUUUAGGUAAAACAGAAAAAAUACACCGCAUAGUGCAGAUUGUAUAGAAAAUAGUAAGUAAAUUUAUGAACAAAUGGCAACUCACAAUUUUCUGAGCUAUUAAAUCUAGCUCAGAUUUUGGCGCUUUAGGAUCCGUAUAGGCGACCCUCUCCCUUCUUCUCCUUUCUUUAAUCCAAUCCUAUAUGGAUACAGGAGGGGGUAUAUAGUGUAGUACUGUUUAUAUUAUAAUAAAUCUGUGUAAAUAAUAAAGUACUCACAAACCCAGAGCCGAUCUACAGGCUCACUUCAAUGUGCAUAUGUGGUUUAAGGACCACAAUCCUUCCUUAUGUCAGCAGGAAAAAACCACAGGUGUAUCAAAUAUAUAUCACAGAAUUUAUCCAGCUGAAGAAGCCAUCUGACGAAACGCGUUCUGGAGAAGUGAGCACUGAAAACUUUUUUGGACUUUUAGCCUUAUAAGUGUUUAUACUUAUAUAUAUUUUUAUAAGAUUUUUUUUAUAGUGUGUAAUUAUUUUUUAGUCAAAUGAUAUAUAUUUUUUGAUACACCUAUGGCUUUUUCCUGCUGACAUAAGGAAGGAAUGUGGUCCUUAAACCACAUAUGCACAUUGAAGUGAGCCUGUAGAUCGGCUCUGGGUUUGAGUACUUUAUCUAUUAUUUACACAGAUUUAUUAUAAUAUAAACAGUACUACACUAUAUACCCCCUCCUGUAUCCAUAUAGGAUUGGAUUAAAGAAAGGAGAAGGGAGAGGGUCGCCUAUACAGAUCCUAAAGUGCCAAAAUCUGAGCUAGAUUUAAUAGCUCAGAAAAUUGAGUUGCCAUUUGGCAUUUGUUCAUAAAUUUAUUAUUUUCUAUACAAUCUGCACUAUGCGGUGUAUUUUUUUUUUUUUUUUCUGUUUUACCUAAAGGUUAACAAGAAAUUAUUGACAAACGUAGAAGAAAUUGGGUAAAAAUUUUCCAUAUUCAGUUUCACACAUGUGCUGCACUGGUAUUCCUUAUUUUCCACCAUUUCUGUUUAAAAGAUCCUCACAGUGAUUAGCAGCUUUUCAGAUUAUAUAUAAAUUAAAAGACACUUCACUCAAAUAGCGCUAAUACUUUCCUGUUUUAUAGCAAAGUAAAUGUGUUUACAUUAAAAGGGCUGCAGGGACAGGCUGUAGGCACCUGAACAAUUACGUUAAUCUUUAGUAAUUCUGGUGAUUAUAGUGUCCCUUAAAAAAUAACAAAAAACUGGCUCCUAGAUUCCAAACAAAUUUGUCAAGACCUGAAAUAUGAAGACUGCUUGUCAAGGAAUUCAGAAGAUCCCUUCUAUAUAUUAAAGAUCAAAUUGGCUUCAAAAUUUUUGUAAACGGUCACGGAAGAUAAAAUUUAUCCGCUAGAAGUAUGUGACAGGUAUUUGCCUUAACUCUUACUGCUUCAAAGAAUGAGAAUUGCCAUUUAAGAAGGGAAACUCUUUGGUACUCCACUUGAGCUUAUUAAAUGUCACUUUUUUUUUUUUUUAAUAUAGACAAAGAUCUAACUUUAGAGAAUAGGUUUCACUCCUUUCGAAUACCCAAACUGAAAUGCUUAAUCCUCCUAGAGUUUUUUGAUGCAGGAAGAAACGAGGCAGACUGAAAUCUUUUUACAUUUUUAUUAAUGGCAAAGAACUACAGAAGAUGCAUGGGUGUUGAGUAUUAUCAAACGUUAUAAGAUUCAAUUUGCAGAAAAAGCGUAAACCGCUUAAAGGACCACUAUAGUGCUGCCGGGCUCUAGGGGGUGGAAGGGGUUAAACUUGCCUCUUUCUCCAGCGCCGGGCGGGGGACUCUCCGCCUCCUCUCCUCCUUGGCUGAAUGCGCAUGCAUGGCAAGAGCCACGCGUGCAUUCAGCCAGUCUCAUAGGAAAGCAUUCACAGUGCUUUCCUUUGGACGCUGGCGUCUUCUCACUGUGAUUGUGUCACUUUUACUAAAAAUAUUGUAAUAAGCUACCAUUUUGAAAAUAUUUGUUCAGCGAAGUCUCCCGAGUAAAACAGUCCACCCCGCUAUGUACAGGUUUUAUGGUGUCUUGGAAAGUUACAGGGUUAAAUAUAGUGCUUGCAAUUCAAAUUCUUUGCACUUUCUGCCUGGGUUUUUAGGCAUGUCAAUCAAAUUUUAAUUAAAUAACAUAAUUAUGUUUAAAUGUAGACUUAAAAUUCUACUUGUAUAUAAGUAAUAUUUUAUAUGUACAUUUAUGUAAUUUUUUUGUGGUUAUUUGUAUUUUAUAUAGAAUGUCAUUCUAUGUGUAUUUUGUUAAAUAUACAUAUUAACAAAAUACAGUUAGAAUGAAAUUACAUAAUUUUUAAUUUCUAUAUUUAUACGUGUAUAUAGAUAGAGAGAUGUAACGUCAUUCUGAGUGUAUUUUAAUACUAAUAAAUUUACUUAACAUUAAAAUACACUGUAUAUAUUUUAAACAUGUUUCUUUUUUUUUUUUCAUUCUUCCCCCCUCCCCCUCCCCCAGCAGGGGCACUGUGCGACGUUUCAGUCCCCCUGCUGGCAGAUCCACAGCCAGAAAUAGGGGGCCAUGUGAUCGCUCUUCGAGAGUGAUCACAUGGCUCCCAGGGGCCUGAUUUGCCAGGGGAGGGCUGCCUGGGCUGUUAGGCAGUCCUCCCGAAGAGGAUCGCGGUGGAGGUAAGUGAAUUUUACCUCCUGAGGGCUUAAGCUGUUACGGUGUUCUAUGCCACCGCAACGGCUUUAAAGCCCAUUUAAAUGGGGACCGCAUGUAACGUCGUUAAGGGGUUAAAGAUAAAACACUACAUAUCAAUGCAACAUACAACACUCACAAUUACACCUUUUGGGGAUUUUGUAAACUCCAAAUUUUUGUUUUGGCGUAAAUCAUGGUCACCUGUUUUAAGUGUAGUUUGCAAUAUAGUUGCUCUAAAUGCAUGUUUUGGAACGUGACCAGUAUAUGAUUGUAUCUUUUUGUAGAGGUGUUUUUUUGUUUUGUUUUUUUUUUCCUCUUCCUUUCAGAAAAAUUGUGUAUCCCUACCAAUUAUUGAUAACAAUCUAGCCAUGUCUGUGUGAAUACAAUGUGUUAACUUUAUUUUGCAGUUUCUGAAAUCCGAAGUUCCUGGCGAAAAGCCAUAGAGUCAGAAUCUUCAGAUGUUGUGGCUAGUUCCUUGGAGGCUCAGUGUUUGGAUUCCCCAUCAGAGCUUGAUUCCGCUCACUGCAGUCAGAUAGAUCUGAGCAUGGCCUGCUUUAUGUCCACCUCUCACAUUUCAGACCAUAAUGAUUCUUUGGAUGCCCGGUUUCUUCCAAGCACUGGAACACCUGUACCACAGCAACUUUUAACCACUACCCACAACACAAAUGCGACUAAUACUUCAGAGAAAGGACUCUCUCUUCCCAUAAAGAAAAGUGUUUCAGAGACAUUAGCACUACCUGUGGACAAAAGUAAAACUUGUGUCUUCAAGAUUGAGUCUCCUAACAUGUCAGUGAACAACACUUUGCUUAUCUCUGUUCCCAGAGAUGAAAAUACUUCUGAAUAUGUGCUUUCAUGGGAUUCUUCCAAAAUGGUAGACAAUGGCAAUAGUGAAGACAGCUCUGAAGUAAUCCAGUUUGGCAUUUUGCAUGAAACCCUUCCAGAUAAGCUGGGAAACCUAAGUUUUAAUAGCGACACAAGUGCAGAGACCAAUGAAAUUGUAGAGACCCGAAUGCUAGAUCUCCUCUUGGACAAAACACAGAUUUUGACUCCUGAGCGUAAAAUGGACAUACAAUCAAUACGCAGCCGCUAUGAAGCGCUUAAAAGCACGCUCUUUACAUCUCUGACAGAGAGUGGGAAAAGUGACAAGCACACACCCAGCAGGUUCACAAAGCAAAAAUCUGAAUCUAGUCUUUUACUUGACACGGGCAGUGUGUUUAGUCCUGCAGACAGAGGUUUAACAUUGGACUUGGAAUACCUGAUGACUCCAUCAAAUGACAGAAAGCUAUCUCUCCCACAGCUGAUAUCCUUUUCUCCAGCUGAAGAUAUACACCUCAACAAGGAUGAGUUUGUGGAUGUGUUUGAGUCCCAGGGUAAUGAAUUUUCAAAUUUAUACCUGAGCAUUAAUGGAUGACCUAUUCAAAAAUUUUUUUUCCUAAAAUAUAUUUGCCUGUGGAUCAAAUUUUGCUCGUUAAUGCCUAUUAAUAGUAUUUACCAAAAAACAUAGAUGUAACUUCCCUGGUUAUUUUCCGAUUAGGUCUGUGCUCCUAGUCACAUGUUUAAUGUGGCAAAAGGUGAAAAGCGUAAUUUCUAGAAUUUUUACAAAUAAAAUUUUUCUCUUCUCUCCUCCCUCUGCAGCAGUAGCAAGCAUGAACAAGACAUUUGAAUUUGCAUCAGAUCCUCUAAAAAGCACAGACGAAGGGCUGGGGCAACUCAUACAACUGUAAAACUAUAAAAUAUUUUUGUUUUGUAAAGUAUUUUGAAAAAAUGUAAGUAAGCCGAACCAAUAGCCUUUUUUUUUUUUUUUGUGUAAAUGUACACGGUUUACAACGCUAAAUGUUGCACUAAAUUAAAGCUUAAAACAAGCAUCUGAUCUUGUUAUAAAAUGUGUGGAGAUGUCUUAUGUAUUUUGUAAAUUUAACAAUUGUGCUGUAUCUUUAAUUUUUUUUUUUUUUUAUAUAUAAUUGUGCCCUAUAAUGAGCCUUUCAUAAUAGAACUUAAUUUUUAAGGAAGGAAAAAACUUGCCUCCUGCGUUCCUCUGUGCUAUCCGUAAACUGUCCAGCUGAAAGACUUCAUCUUCAUGCUUCGCUUGAGCCACUGAACUGUGAAACCAAAUACAUAGAAGUUUGUGCAAAACUAUACUUAGCUAUAAUUUAUUUUGACUUGGUUUUGUUUAGUAUGCCAAUUACUGUCCCUUUAGUUUGUAUUUCUUCUCCCCUUAUUCCAUUUCAUCCUUCUGAGUGGUAUAAUUAAAUGAUCACUACAACUUGAUUCAAAUCUUGUCUUUAGAGAAUGGGGCAGGCUGCUCAAGUCUGGUCAGUAAUUGUUAAACCUAUCAACUGUUUGAAAGCAACAUGACUUGCAGUAACACAUGAAUAGCAUAUUGAUAAGAUUUUUGACUCACUAGUUCAGCCUGUUCUGCUUCUCAACAAAUGGCAGACAGCACACAUUUAGCCCACCUAGUGCCACUCAGUCCAGAGUAUCGCAGCUAUCAACAGAAUGUUACAGGUAUUCAAAUUGUGUUUUUUUUUUUCCCCCCCUUUUUUUUUUUCUUUCAAUACUGUCAACUGGCUUGACUGUUGCCAUUUGUGUUUAUAUAUGUAAAUAUAAUUUAACGUAUUUACCUACUGAAUGCGUUGUCACUUCUGCCGUAUGCUUUUGAUUUAAAAACUUGUUCUCUUGCCAUCCUAUCAAGAUGCAGUCUCAUCAGUGCAUCAAGUCCUUGCUGGUUCAUAUGUAUUUCAGUUAGGUUUCCUUUGAUUUUUCUCAAACAGCAAAUUCUUUGUGUUAAACAAUUUCUGUUUGUGCAUUUGUCAUAGACCAACUUUGGUCUCACUUAUCUGUAAAUUUCCCUUGCUUUCUUGAACUUAUUUUGUCAGCCAAUUAUCACAUGUCUUUGUUCUUUUAAAUGGCAAUGUUAACUGGUAUGUCCAUAUGAAAUUGUAAAUAAAUGUUCAUAAAGAUUGUGUUGUCAAACUAAAGUUUGUGUAAUCUGCUUCCUAAAUACCUGGUCAAUUCCUGGAAUGUGGCUACCUGCGAAGGCACAUUUUCCAUCCAACUUCUCAAAUGAAUUUCUUGGAUUGCUGAGACACUCUUGACUAUGAAUUUUAAUUUUAUGCUAAGGAGAUGUGCGACUGCAAUAAAAUUCCUGUCAUGAGAACCUAAACAAUAAAGAAGUGUUGCAUAUUACAAAAAAC